AACACUUCCUAGUCUCUGCAGUAGGCGGACUGAGUCAUUCGGUUUGACAUGGCGGCUGAAUGGAAACAGAAGUGCGAUUCAGAGUGGGCUUUGGGGGCUCACGGUGUUCCUAUUCCAGAUAGCGUGGAUUGGAAGUCGGUGUAUGAGAAGAAGCCCUUUGAGCGGAACUUGCUCCAGAACCCUUCGCCUUACGGUGUGAAUCACACCACAUCCCCACCUGAACCUAUUCUCACGGGAGAACGACCCCCUCCAGGCCAGCCACCCAGGUUUGAGCCAGAUGGCGAUUUCUCUGGCUGGAGCACUAGUACAGAGGUUUUGCCUUAUGAUACUAGUGGGAUUCCUCCUGGGGUUGUGAUCUGCCAGUUGCCUCAGUCCAGGUGGUUCUCUUUAGAGCAGCGUGUGGACCUGAAGGCAAAGGGUCUGUGGGACCAGCUGCUGGAUGAGUUUCAGCCAGAGAUAGUCAUUGAAGACUGGUAUGAGGAAAGUCAGCUUCAUAAAUCAAUUUAUCUGCUUGACGUAAAGCUCUUGGGUGCUGAUGGUAAGACGGUCAUCAAAGAGCACACAUGUAGCCCUGAAGAAGAACUGGAGUCUUAUUCACACACCUGGAAAAAGGUCUCCCAUGUAUUCUCCAACUACGGGCCUGGGGUGAGGUACAUUCACUUCCUCCACAGACUGAAGAACAAGUUCAUGGUUGAAUUGUUUAAUACCAAGGUCACAGACAGCUCAGUUGUGAUCAGAGUCACCAAAUCUGUAUAGAUUUACGGCAUCAUGUUGAGGAAAAUAGCCAACUAGAUGAUCCACAGAUAUAUUAAUUGAAGUUAGAAUCACUGUUAUCUGUUGUAUUUCCUUGAAAUGUUUUCAUACAUUCCCUUUAAUUUCACGUGUGUCCAGCUUAAAGUAUAAUACAAAAUUCUGUUUUACAUUACAUGACUAAAAUAUGAAAAUAUGAAACGAAUUUCAUCCAUAAUGACAGUGGACUAUAGACAAUCUUCAUUAUGUUGUAUUUUUGGCCAGAAGAUGGCGACAUAGCUCGUGGGCAAGUCCUUGAACGCUUGCUACCUGUACCAAAAUUACCAUAGCCCUUAUUUCUAACAAAGUAUCAUAGGUUCUAGAGUUUAAUGAACCGAACUGUAAUACAUUAAAAUGUAAUCAUAUGUCAACAUCA